CAUGAUUUUCAUAACUGACUACAAGACAAAUAGGAUGCAAUUAUGCUGCUAUAUUUAUUCGAUCAAACUAAUUUUUUUCAUAGAUAAUCCACACAUAAGCCUAGAAAUGAGUAGUUUUGAUCAUCAAAUCGGCCACAUGGAUACCAGACUGGAGAGAAUCUAGUCUCUUUUCCCAUAUCUUGAGCUAAUAUAAAGAUUCUCAUUGACUGGAUAUGUUGGCUGCUUUAUUUCUAUCUACAGGAAGCAAUGAGAAAUAUUCUUCUUCUGUUUGCGAAACUGAACCCUGAAAUCCGUUACGUCCAAGGCAUGAACGAGGUUUUAGCACCAAUAUUCUAUGUAUUUAGUACCGAUACUGAUGAACAAAAUGCUGCAAAUGCAGAGGCCGAUAGUUUUUCUUGUUUUGUUCGACUCUUAAGUGACUCAGUCGAUCACUUUUGUCAACAACUGGACAAUAGUUCUGUUGGUAUUCAUUCUACCCUUUCUCGCUUGUCAGAGUUAUUGAAAGCCAAUGAUGAAGAACUGUGGCAGCAUCUUGAAUACACAACCAAGGUCAACCCACAAUUUUAUGGAUUUAGGUGGAUCACUCUGUUGCUUACGCAGGAAUUUGAUCUUCAUUCUGUCAUGAGGAUUUGGGAUACCCUUUUAAGCAAUCCUUUUGGUGUUCAGGAAAUGCUUUUACGGGUAUGUUGUGCAAUGUUGCUAUGCAUUAAAAGCAGUUUGUUGAGUGGUGAUUUCAUAGCCAACUUGAAGCUUCUGCAGCACUACCCCAAGAUCAACAUUGAACACCUUCUCCGGGUUGCCAAGGAUAUCAGCCCUGACACGUCUUCCUUUCAUUUGUCACUGUAAAUUUUAUCUGAUGAUAUACGAAGAGGGGAGGAGGGGAGAAAAAAGCACUUUUAUUUGCAAAAUGUCUCCCUUGACAUUGUUCAAGAAUAUAACAGAAUUUAUCGGUAGAUUUUGAGUUGAUUGCAAUAUAGGUAUAACAAUCUCAUGAA